AUGGAACCGCCUGGCGGGAGAGAUUCCCGUUUCCAGUUGGGUUACAGUAUGAACUUGCUCAGCGGCGAAACAUCCCCGGAGAUAUACGGGGGCGGCGGUGGUCUCGGGGGGCGGCCAUCGACCAGUUUGCAACAGUUGUCGCCGCGGCACACCAUGGUGUCGGCGGGGGGCGGCUGUGGCCCCCGCGGUCCCUCCGCCCUUAAGGGUUCGGACGUGUGUUACGACGCACCCCAGGGGCACAUGGGGUUCGAGCCGAGCCCCGGCGGGGUGAACGACAUCCACGACGAGACCUACAGCACGAUGCAAUCGAAAAAAUCGCCGCCCAGCAACGGGAAAAAGACCAAAGGGCGCGUUAAGAUCAAAAUGGAAUAUAUCGAGAAUAAACUGAGACGGUACACGACGUUUUCGAAGCGGAAAACUGGGAUUAUGAAGAAGGCGUACGAACUGUCAACGCUGACCGGCACGCAAGUGAUGCUGCUAGUCGCGUCCGAGACCGGUCACGUGUACACGUUCGCCACGCGAAAACUCCAACCGAUGAUCACCUCGGAGGCGGGCAAAGCCCUGAUCCAGACCUGCCUGAACUCGCCGGACCCUCCGGCCGGAUCGUCGGGGGGCGAUCAGCGCAUGUCCGCAACCGGUUUCGAGGAAACCGAACUCACCUACAACAUCUCCGACGAGGACUCAAAAGAAAACACUUGCAACUCGAGCGACGCGGAGGACUAUGACGACGACAUCUCCGAAGAAGAGGAGGAACCACCAAACAAGAAAAUCUUCGUUUCUGCGGAGAAAUUAUCGCCGACUCCGCCUUUCGCCACCACAACGUCACAAGACUCCCUCGACUCAUCUUCAUCAUCAGAAAUGAAAAAACAACCUGAAGAGCCAACAACUCCCGAGAACGCCACCAUAAUAAACCAAAUAAACCAGAUAAAAGACGCAUUGAUCCAAUCGAAUAAAGCGAAAGCUGCAUCAAGUCACACCACCAUGUUACCUUCAACAUCGUCUUCUAACGUUCCUUCUUUGAUAACAUCCACUCAACCACCGCCUCAAAUUCAACUGAUACCCUCAUCCCUUACUCCUGAUAAUAAUAUGAAAGUGGUGCCUUUAAUAGCCCCAACCCCCAAUGGGGGAUUCGGGUUCGUUAGCGUUGCUGAAGGGUUGAUUCUUGGUACGAUCCAGAACUCACCUACGCCGAAAUAUGUUGCUAUUCCACUCAGUUCCGUUAUACCAGGAGGUGUUGAGGCCGGUGCAGUAAAAGCCGAAUCAACUCGGUAGCACUUGGUGAAAAGGUUUAAGGGAUGAAGAGUCUUGUGGAUUUAUCAAGGAAAGACAAUAGGAGUAGAUAGGGAAAUGUUAUGAAUGGAGGGUGAGCCAGAGCUGCAGGGUUAUGGAGCAGUGGGAUCGUUAUAAUUUUUUUGUUUUACUCUUCACUUUAAAAUGUUCUUUUGUAAAGGAAAUUAGUCACUAGGUUGGAGUCCAUUUGAUCCGAGCAAGAGUCAUUUGAAUCACUGUCUAAUGUUAAGAGUAAGCAAGAUUUACAUAUCGAUGUUUUUCUUGAUAUUAGAAAUAAUUUUGCUCUUAGACUUUUCUUACGGGAGCCAUUACAUUUAUAGAUAAUCAUAGCUCCCAAAACUUCUUAUUUAUACUUUUUUUAAAUAUUAGUUUUAUAACAAUAAUUUUCCCUUCACUCCGUUUCUUUAUUGAUUUACUAUUUGCCCUGCUUUUGAUUAUAUCGACGACACUUGGGGAAGACCGAGUUACAAUGGCUACCUUCUUAUUGUUGUCAUAUUUUCUAACCAAUUUAAGCUCUCUGAUUUUUUUAUCAUAAGCAUUUUUGACCACUGUACACCGCACCAAGGGUGUAGAAUGGUCAUGACUUUGAGCUACACUGGCUACUAACAAAAAAAUACACAUUAAGACUUGUAUUUAGGAAAGGUUACAUUAUAUUGUAACCACUAACGUCAAUACCUAACUUAUAAGUUGUUCGCAAUCUGGGAGUACCACCAUAAUAAAAGGCUGGUAAAAUCGCAACAAUAUCAAACACUGGUACUAUUGACUCGUCUUUCACUUGAGGAAAAACGAAAAACAAACUUAUUACUUUUGUUCCUUAAGACAUUUACUUUAUAUUCAUGAUAUUCAAUACCUUCGACUUGACCCAUAUAGAACAUAAUUCUGUUUUUUGUUGCAAACCGAACUCAAAGCGCUUCAUACGAACAUUGUUUUCAUCCAGUUCCACAAUGUCUUCAUCUGAUUCCAAAAUCUCUCCGUUAGAAGUACCGCUACCUGCUAAAUAUGAUAUUUCACUCAAACUUUCACUGCUAGAUGGCAUUAAUUUCAUUAUAUUCUUCUUAACUUUUAUAGUGUGAUCUUUCUUAUUUUGUUUUUGUUUCAGACUCUCUUUUCGGAAUUUUUCCAUGUUGGGAACACAUCUAUUCUAUUCAUUAUGAGUGUGCUGAUGCAGAAGCAUCUCUGCUUCUUUUUUCUUCCGUCCAGUUUUUCAUUCUUCAAUAUCAUUAACUUUUGGAUAUGGUCCUACAUUUUCAGGAGGUACAAAAACCUAUGUAGGCUCAUUUUGAUCUACUACACUCAUAUUUUCGACAGGCAUUGAUUGAAAAGAUCUGAUGGACGGGAUCUCCUGAUUUAACGGGGGCUUUGGCACAGAGUCUCCUCGUGUGAAGUUUGGUCCUUUAAUUUUUUCUGGCUUAUCUCUGACUUCUGCUGCUACAUACUCAGCUUCUCCAUAUACAAACUUAUUCGGGGAAAACAGGAAUAUUUUUAUGUUAUUUACUAGCUAAACCAGUUAUGCAAAUUUUUUGUGUAAAAGCUAGAAGAUGAGCAAAGCCUAGAAGUUCGGCUAUUUCAUAUACAGGGUGUCUGGUAAUUACGCGUCAGGAUUUUGGUAGGCAAUUCUAAAUAAAAAAUGAAUGCAAUAAACUUCUAUACAAUUUUUUCGAAAACUCAAAAUUAAGGAAGAUCCAGAUACAUUUUUUUAAUAACUUUUUUACUAGUGCCAAUUCCAAAUUUAAUUCGCCAAAUUCUGCAUGCAAGUUACUAGUGUUUUUUUUUUGUAUUUACCCUAUUAAUUUGAUGCUAGUCGUCAAUGACAAAAGGCUUAGUCUGUCCAUCACCUUAGGAAAUUUGGAUAUCAAAUUAGUAAAGAGCAUCAAAAUAUCUUUUAACCUGGCGUCAGUGUGGUGACAUUUAUCUGUUCUUUUAGUGUGGUGGGGUAUGUCAUACCCCAAAUAAAUUAAUUUAAAAUUAAAAAUAUUUAGUAGUUUUAGGUAGAUUUUUUGGAUGGAAUAAAUUAAUACAUCAUAUCAGAUAAAAAAUAAGUAGUAAAAUAAAAGUAACAAUAAUAAAAAACAAAUUAUUACGAAAAAUUGAACCUAUUGUCAAAAACAAAGUGUAUUUUUUCUAAAUCAAGAUAUUCAACAAAAUAAUAGUUUCUACGAGUAAACAGUAUUAAUUUAACCUUAAAUAUAAGUACAGAAUAAAACAGAAAAUAACAUGUUACUCAAAAAUACAAUUUUGACAGUUCUCACAUAUAGUAAAAGAAUGCUGAACGCAAACAAAAUUUGAGCAUUUUACACAAGUAAAGAAAGAUUUACGAUCAUUACUUCGUGUACAAAUCGUGCAUCUUCUUGCAAAUCUCUGGCGUUUUCCUGGUGGAUCUAAUGCUUGUUUUUCGUGUUGCCAUAAAAUCUUACCUUGCAAUUCCCUUGGUAACCUUGGAUUUUGGGAGCGCGUUUCAGUAUAAUCAGCAAUGAGCUGAUAGGCUAGGUUUUUCAAAAAUACUCUCCUCUUUAUUUCAUUUUGAGUAUUAGCUCUAUAUAUGACUAAAGAGUUAAUUCCCGCGCAAUUCAAUAGAGCAUAAAAUACAGUGAGUGGCCAACGCCUACUAUUACGGGAUACAUCAUAGGACGCAGAGAGUUCAUCUACUACAUCCACCCCAUACUUGCUAAAAUUAUAAAAAGUUAUAAUUUCAGACUUUUUCUUUUCUGCGGUUGACGCAUCAAUAUCGGAAGUGUGAUGUAAAGUGGACAUAACUAAAACAAUUUUUUGUUUGUUUGGUAUGUAGGACGUGAGCGUAACAUCUUUUUGAAAGCCGAAUUUACUAGAAAAAAUGUCACGACCCUUAGAGACCAGAAAAGUUGGAGGCAACUGUCUUAUUUUUUCUGACUGUACCAACGGCCGUAAGCUUAUGUUCCUUUAACAAAUGCAGUAAUAUUUCAAAGCUGGUAAACCAAUUGUCAAAUGUGACGUUUCUCCCUGAGCCUGAAAUUGGUGCGACAAGUCUAUUUACGACAUCAAAUAGUUUAUUACUAACUGUAUAGGGUCCUUCAUGUUGCGCACCUGUUGCUUCUAGUUUUUCAUCUAUAGUUAGAUACUCGCUUGGGGUGUAAUUGUUUUGACUGUUUUGUAUAAAGCGCUCAAAGACUGCCCGAAUAGUGGCUAAUUUAUCAGUUGCUUUACGUUCAUUUCUAUUCUCAAUAUUAUCAAAUCUCAAACAAGAAAGAAGUAUAGUGAAUCUUUGUAAUGACAUGGUCUUACGAAAUUUUUCUAUUCCAGAACCAUCUGAACAAAAGAGAUCAUCUAAAUUUAAUCUUGCCGAUUUAUAUUUCCCUGCUAAAAACAAAAGACCAAUUACUGCCUUUAUUUCAUUCAAACUGGUUUUUUUUACAACGUAUUGAUGAUUUUCAUUAUAAAACUUUUCUGCAAGUUUUUUAUUAGUCCACUUGACAAUAUCAUUAAUCAUACCAUUAUCCAUGAAUAACUCAAAGCAUUCUAAAGGUGUUUUUGCAUUUUUUCCAUUAGCUUUAACACCUGGUAAAUGUGUUAUAAUAUUUUUACUACGAGUCCUUACAUUUCUAGGGUAGCAUAGCUUAGCCCAUUUUGUCCCAUCUUUUCCUAUGUAGUGCAGAUUUCGUUUCGCCUUACCUCCAUUUUCGGUUGUUGUUUCUUGCGUUUUUUCUUCUUCGAUCUCUUCCACAUGUGCUGAUUGCGUCGUGCUUAGGUUGUUAAUUUCUUCUUCUCCCUCUCCAUCAUUUACAUCUAUCAUAGCGUCUUCCUCACUAUCACUGCAGUGAUCACUUCCGCUUUCGUAGUCCUCUUCUCCUUCACUUUCUGAACCUAUUGGCGCUUCUCCUUCGUCUAACUCUUGCCAUAACUUAAUAAGACGCUCUUGCUCUUUUUCAAAGUCACCCAUUACUAAAAAUUCAUUAAAACACGUUUAAAAUAUCACCCACUAAAAAAAUACUAACAAUUUCACAGAGUAUUGAAAAAUUCAUUUACCUGUGUGGUGGGGUAUGUGAUACCCCAGACAACUUUGAAGACGUGUGGUUGCUACAGAAUCAACAGGAACACUGAUUUUGCCGCAGGGACAGGAUGACUGAAGUAUAAUUGGAAGGUACUAAGGCGCUCGCUUAAUUUAAAUUUACUGGGGUAUGUCAUACCCCACCACACUGAUGCCGAAAGGUGCUCUUGUUGCAUAAUCGUAGAAUUAACGGUUUCCGAGAAAACGUAGAAAUUUUGAUUUUCAAAAUUAACAAAGCAAGCCUUGAAACGAAACGCUUCAGUUUCCAUGGAAAUAAGUGUAUUAAAAAUUUUGACAGGUAAUAUUAUCUGCAAUUUUGGUAAUUUUAAAAUCAUUAAUAUUAAAAAUAAGAUGAAUUAUAAUAAUUAUAAUAAUUUGUAUUCCAACGCAAAACUACGCGACAUGCAUUAUUAUUAAGGUGCAGCUGGGGGAAAUGCGGUAAAAGCACAACGUUUGUACAGAGAAGCAUUUCUGUAGAAGAAUACCAAUCAAUAGAAGAAUACCACGAUCGCAAAUGUUUAGCAGUAUCCAUCAAAGACCGAGAAGAGCAGAAACUGGUCCAAGGCUCACCAGACUACACUGUACUGCCAGAUUAGAAUUUGCCAAAGAACACAUCAACUGGACCACUGACGACUGAAGGGUUGUACUAUUCUCUGAUGAACCAAGAUGUCCUCUAUCGAUAAAUGAUCGUCGAGUAAGAGUAGAUAGAAGACCUGAAAACAGAUUCCAAAUCAGUAUUCGUCAAAUGCCUUUGAUCAAGGAGAUUUUAUGGUUUGGGUUGAUUUUUCUUUCAACAAAAUACUUUAAAUGCUAAAAGAUACAUUACAGAUAUUUUGCAAGAAUAUGUUAUUGCUUUUGCCCUAGUUGUUGGUAAUACGUACAUAUAUACAGGGUGUUUCAAAACUGUGGAAUCAAACUUCUGGGGGUUGUUCAGUGCAACAGGAAUCCAUUUGAGUAUAGAAACCCAUGUCCGGAAAUGCGUCACUACGCCACUACGGCCGUUAAGUGACCCAUAAAAGACGCGUUAAAAUUUAUAAAAAACAUAUUUUACCUAAAUAGGAUCUGCUGUAUUUAUUUUUACCUUUUGUAGAUGAUACCAUAACAACAAUUGUUUAAAAUCAACGCUUAUCAAUGUCAAUUCUCAAUGUCUUGUUUAAAAAUUUUAUAGCUUACAAUUUUUAAACAUUUAUUGCUAAUGGAAAACUUUACUUUAUCAAGAAUUGGCGGAUAUGCAUUUGGCAUACGAAGCAACAAACUGCAAUGCACGAGCAGUAUCGCGGUUGUAUCAUGUUAUUAUUGUAAGUUUAUUGCGGUUUAUCGGCGGCUCGCUGAGACAGGCAUGUUUAAGACCAAGAUGCAUGAUACUGGUGUUGCUCAAACCGUAAGAACGGUCGAAUUUGAAGAAGAGGUGCUUCAGCGAGUUGCCGACGAACCAUCAAAUAGCACACGUGACGUCGCUAAGAAUAUGAAUACGAGUAACGCUUCUGUCUGGCGGGUACUACACGAGCAACAACUCCAUCCUUACCACUUCCAGAAAAUUUAAGGUAUGACUGCAGCCGAGUAUCAUCCUAAAGUUCAAUUUUGUCGAUGACUUCUGGAUCACAUUAUUGCACAACCAAAUUUUUUACGAUGUUUUGUGGACCGAUGAAGCCUCUUUUACAAGAGACGGUAUUUUUAAUAGUAGGAAUAGCCAUGUUUGGAAGAAAAUCCUUAUGCAAUUUUUCCAAGAAAACAUCAGAAUCGUUGGUCUGUCAACGUAUUGGCAGGCAUUGUUGGUGAUUAUUUAAUUGGGCCAUACCUUCUUAUAACAGGACCUAUUUAUCUGCGUUUCUUGGAGGAAGUUUUCCCAGAACUCCUUGAAAAUGUUUCUCUAAACGUUAGACAGCAAAUGUGGUUUCAGCAUGAUGGAGCGCCGGCUCACUUACAAACAAAAGAUCACCCGAUUUAACGGCGCUCGAUUUUUUCUUGUGGGGACAUGUAAAGUCUUUAGUCUACGAAACUCCAGUAGAAUCAGAGCUAGACUUAAUUGGAAGAAUAACAGCAGCAUUUGAAAUAAUUUAAAAUGAGGAUCAAAUUUUUAGUGUAGUCCGCCGAAAUCAUGUGCGGCGUUUAAAUCGGUGUUUUGAGGUUGGAGGAAGACAUUUUGAACAAUUCUUGUAAUGGUAUCAUAUACAAAAGGUAAAAAUAAAUGCAUCAGAUCCUAUUUAGGUAAUUAAUAUUUUUUCUAAAUUUAAACGCGUCUUAGGGCCGUAGUGACGUAGUGAGACAUUUCUGGACAUCGUGGGUUCCUAUACUCAAAUGGAUUCUACUGUUGCACUGAACAACCCCUAGAAGUUUGAUCCCAUAGUUCUGAAACACCCUGUAUAAAUACAUAAUAAUGCUCGCCAUGUCCCGUAUAGUAAGGAGAUAAUAAGAUACGGAUAUUGAGGUACUAGAUUGGCCAGAUUGGUUGCCAAUAGAACACAUAUGAACUGCACUCGAAAAAACUGCUAAAAGUAGAUUAAAUUCACCAAAAAUAUCUGAAACAGCUGUCUGAAGCGCUUACGGAAGAAUGGAAUUUUAUUUCUUAAGAGUAUGCCCGGAAUCUGAUUAUAAAUAUAAAAAGAUGUUGCAGUGCAGUUAUAAGAGCAAAAUGCGGUAAUAUAUUGAAUAGUCAUUUAUUUUAUUAGAAACUUUGUUUGAAAAAGAAAGAAUCGUUAAGUCUGUCUUUAAGUUUUCUUUUAAUAAAACACUGAAAAUUAAGAGCCAAUUAUUUCUUUAUUCAUGUAACUAAAAUAAAUUUAAAAUAAAAAAUAUGCAAUAAUUGUUUGGAAUAGUGUAUUUAACAAGCCGCAUCAAUGAAAAAAAAAUUCUAAGCAAAAUACAUUUCUCUCAUGUUAAAAAUAAGCGACAUUGAGUAUUUUGUGCAACAUGAUAUAAAGACAAUCCACCUAAUUUAAUUCUUGGUCGAUGACUCUAUAAAAUAACUUCACUGAUAACUUAAACCACAUUAACUCAAUUAGGACUUAUCUGAAUCACAAUGAAUACUCAUUAAAUUCAUUUUGCAUAGACGAUCCUUAAUCAAAAAUUAAUAUAUUGAUUUUUUAUAUAAUUUCAGGCUUUUUCAACUCAUAUCUAAAUCAUCUGCGUUGGUUCUUUGUCGGUGACUCCAUAAGAUUACUUAUCUAACAAUUUAUUUAAUAUUAACGCAUAAAAACUUAUCUGAAUUAUAAUGAAUUUUCAUUUAAUUGAUUCAGCUUAAUGAUUUGUUGAAUAAUUUCAGGCUUUUUUGAAUCAUUUCAAAUACUGCGUUGAUUCAUAAUCGACGACUAUAAAAUGAAUAAACUGACAACUCAACUAGGAAUUUUGCAAUAUCCUGUAUUUAUCAAGCUGUAUCAAUUAAAACUUUAAGUCUAAGCAAAAUUCCGUCACCCGCUAUUUUAAACCUUAAUACCUUUAUUAUUUUUAAUUUUAGGAGCAUAUUUCUUAAAUAAUAUUUAUUUAACAUUAAAUAAUCUGUUGAUUGCGGGCAUAACAUACAAACAUAUAAUAUACAUAAUACAAAAACAUAACCAAAGCUUUUAAAGCUGUUCAGCUUUUGACUAAAAAAUAUUUAGAUCAGAACAAUCAGAAUACAUUACAAAAACGUUUCUCUCCAAACUUUCCUUUGGGUCCAAGGAGAUCUAUCUAUAUAUAAUUGUGGGUGGUAAUAAAAAUGAAAUAAAAUCUUGUGUUUCUGUAAAUUUCCCCGACUGUCUGAAAUAGAUUCGGCUUUUCUUCCACACAGUUGAACCCUGAAAUUAAUACUUAUGAUAUUAAGAGCAAAAUGACCUGACUCGGAUUGAAAUGACUUCAACUGCCUGGAAUAAGUUAACCUUUUUUGACAACUUCAAAAUCCUGGAAGAAAAAACUAGUUCUUCCAAAAAAAUCAAUUCAGAUGUUCACACAUCUUAUUUUAACACUAAAUAAAUCUACCCAAAAAGAAUGAAUUCCUAUGAAUUAAUCCCAUAAUAAACCAGCCUAACAAGCCAUAUAAUAAUUCUUCUGCCCCGUUCUUUAUAUCGGAUUCCGUUAAAUCCUAAUGAUCACUUUGAACGGUGUAAGAUAUAUUAAUUAGAAUUUAACAGCCAGUAGUAAAUUGGAAAGUGGAUAAUUUUCCAGUUAAACUGUUUAACCUGAAACUGUAACUCAGCAUUCGCGGCGUGCCAUCGAGUUUAACAAGUUUGAAUGGGUCGUUAUGGUUAGACGGUGGUAUAAUUCAUAAAUUUUCCAUUUAAAGAAGAAAACUCUCGAUGCUUUUACCUGUAUUAACACUUGGCCACAGGAAAAUCUUUAUAGUUCCUUCCUAAUGCCAGUUUGCCAUUAGUGGGCCACGUUUGUUCCUUGUCUUAUUUGGCUAAUAAUUGUCUUUGUUUUACUAUUUAUAGAAAUUAAUUAUAUUUAUUUUGUGUUGUUUAUAUGUUAAAGCUAAUAAUAAAAUGUACUGAUUGUCAUAUUUAUUAAACUAAUAUUGUUUGUUGAUUAAUAUAGUUUUAAAUAAAUAAAGAAAAUUUGUAAAAAAAAUGUGCUAGUCUAAAUCAGACCAAUACAUAUUGUGUAUUAUAUUUAUCAUAUUUAUUAAGAAAUAUUUUUUAUCGGAAUAAAGAUAUUUAUAUACAUAUAUAUUGUAAAUAUUUUUUUAUUAGAUAAUAAAUUAGUUUUUUAAUGUA